AUGAAUCUGAUCAGUCUCCUGUCUGUGGCCUUCCCAACCAAUACCCAGCCAGUGUGUUUGCUCUGUCUGUGGCCUUCCCCACCAAUACCCAGCCAGUGUGUUUGCUCUGUCUGUGGCCUUCCCAACCAAUACCCAGCCAGUGUGUUUGCUCUGUCUGUGGCCUUCCCCACCAAUACCCAGCCAGUGUGUUUGCUCUGUCUGUGGCCUUCCCCACCAAUACCCAGCCAGUGUGUUUGCUCUGUCUGUGGCCUUCCCCACCAAUACCCAGCCAGUGUGUUUGCUCUGUCUGUGGCCUUCCCAACCAAUACCCAGCCAGUGUGUUUGCUCUGUCUGUGGCCUUCCCCACCAAUACCCAGCCAGUGUGUUUGCUCUGUCUGUGGCCUUCCCAACCAAUACCCAGCCAGUGUGUUUGCUCUGUCUGUGGCCUUCCCAACCAAUACCCAGCCAGUGUGUUUGCUCUGUCUGUGGCCUUCCCAACCAAUACCCAGCCAGUGUGUUUGCUCUGUCUGUGGCCUUCCCCACCAAUACCCAGCCAGUGUGUUUGCUCUGUCUGUGGCCUUCCCCACCAAUACCCAGCCAGUGUGUUUGCUCUGUCUGUGGCCUUCCCAACCAAUACCCAGCCAGUGUGUUUGCUCUGUCUGUGGCCUUCCCCACCAAUACCCAGCCAGUGUGUUUGCUCUGUCUGUGGCCUUCCCAACCAAUACCCAGCCAGUGUGUUUGCUCUGUCUGUGGCCUUCCCCACCAAUACCCAGCCAGUGUGUUUGCUCUGUCUGUGGCCUUCCCAACCAAUACCCAGCCAGUGUGUUUGCUCUGUCUGUGGCCUUCCCCACCAAUACCCAGCCAGUGUGUUUGCUCUGUCUGUGGCCUUCCCAACCAAUACCCAGCCAGUGUGUUUGCUCUGUCUGUGGCCUUCCCAACCAAUACCCAGCCAGUGUGUUUGCUCUGUCUGUGGCCUUCCCAACCAAUACCCAGCCAGUGUGUUUGCUCUGUCUGUGGCCUUCCCCACCAAUACACAGCCAGUGUGUUUGCUCUGUCUGUGGCCUUCCCCACCAAUACCCAGCCAGUGUGUUUGCUCUGUCUGUGGCCUUCCCCACCAAUACCCAGCCAGUGUGUUUGCUCUGUCUGUGGCCUUCCCAACCAAUACCCAGCCAGUGUGUUUGCUCUGUCUGUGGCCUUCCCAACCAAUACCCAGCCAGUGUUUGCUCUGUCUGUGGCCUUCCCAACCAAUACCCAGCCAGUGUGUUUGCUCUGUCUGUGGCCUUCCCCACCAAUACCCAGACAGUGUGUUUGCUCUGUCUGUGGCCUUCCCCACCAAUACCCAGCCAGUGUGUUUGCUCUGUCUGUGGCCUUCCCCACCAAUACCCAGCCAGUGUGUUUGCUCUGUCUGUGGCCUUCCCAACCAAUACCCAGCCAGUGUGUUUGCUCUGUCUGUGGCCUUCCCCACCAAUACCCAGCCAGUGUGUUUGCUCUGUCUGUGGCCUUCCCCACCAAUACCCAGCCAGUGUGUUUGCUCUGUCUGUGGCCUUCCCCACCAAUACCCAGCCAGUGUGUUUUCUCUGUCUGUGGCCUUCCCCACCAAUACCCAGCCAGUGUGUUUUCUAUGUCUGUGGCCUUCCCCACCAAUACCCAGCCAGUGUGUUUGCUCUGUCUGUGGCCUUCCCCACCAAUACCCAGCCAGUGUGUUUGCUCUGUCUGUGGCCUUCCCAACCAAUACCCAGCCAGUGUGUUUGCUCUGUCUGUGGCCUUCCCCACCAAUACCCAGCCAGUGUGUUUUCUCUGUCUGUGGCCUUCCCCACCAAUACCCAGCCAGUGUGUUUGCUCUGUCUGUGGCCUUCCCCACCAAUACCCAGCCAGUGUGUUUGCUCUGUCUGUGGCCUUCCCAACCAAUACCCAGCCAGUGUGUUUUCUCUGUCUGUGGCCUUCCCCACCAAUACCCAGCCAGUGUGUUUUCUCUGUCUGUGGCCUUCCCCACCAAUACCCAGCCAGUGUGUUUGCUCUGCUGACUCUUUGCUGUGUCAGUCUGUUACAGAUGCAGCUGUGCAUUUCUAUUCUCUACCUGUUGUUCACCCGGUCCAGCCAGAAGAGGAUGGCGAUGUCCCCUUCUCUGAGCCUGCUUCCUCUCCAGGGACUUUUUCCUGGCUCUUGCUUGUGCUUUGGUGUCUAGGCCGGGCUGCUGGAAAAGCACCUUUUGAAAACUGCUGAUGUAAAAAUAAAUGUCGUUAUCCCUAGCAGCUGGAUCGUGGUGACUCAGCGACAGACAGCGUUUAUCUCCAACUUCUCUCCCUUCGACACCUGAUGGAGGGCUCCGACAGUUCCGAGCCGGGCGCCAGUGACCAACCAGAGGCCCAGCGCAGUCGGCAGCGGGACCGACUAGACCGGGAGGAGGCCUUCUACCAGUUUGUCAACAACCUGAGUGAGGCGGACUACCGGCUAAUGAGAGACAACAACCUGCUGGGUACCCCAGGUAACUGCCUCUCCUUUAAUACCUUAUUUUAUUUUACAUUUUAGUCAUUUAGCAGCCGCUCUUAUCCAGAGCGACUUACAGUUAGUGAGUGCAUACAUUUUUCAUACUGGCCCCCCGUGGGAAUCGAACCCACAACCCUGGCGUUGCAAGCGCCAUGCUCUACCCACUGAGCUACAGGGGAUACACGUGUAGUAACACCUGUUAUAAACCUAUAACACUCCUUUAACACACCUCGUUAGACAACAACCUGCUGGGUACCCCAGGUAACUGACUCACACACCUGUAAUGCAUAUCUCAGAGGGUUAACAGAGCAGUGUAGAGAUGGACUCCCACACCUGUAAGACAUAUCUCAGAGGGUUAACAGAGCAGUGUAGAGAUGGAUUUUCAACCGCCUUGCUCUUCACUUUCUGUAGUCCUUAUUUUUCUACUGCAGAAUGAAUGAUUUUUUUCAGUCAGCUUUUUAGAUUGGCUAUCUAAGGUUGUUGUCUCAGGUUGUAGUUUUUCUUAUCAUGGUGUGCUGAAAAACCAAAGCCUGCGGACAACCGAAGACGCCACAUCAGGCCAGUGGAGUGUGUUUGGUGGAGCAUCUUUCCUGGGGAGAGCGGUGAGAGGACAGGGCCUGUCCUGGUAAGUCUGGUGGUUCUCAGUACUGUCCUGUUGCUGUGUAACCAGGAGAUAUACUACAGCUUUAUGGGCAAGUACUAGGGUAUUUACGGUACUAAAUGAACCAGUGUCUGUAUAGUGAGUUGUAGUUUCAUCCCUCCUAGGUGAGAUCACAGCGGAGGAGUUGUUGAGUCGGCUGCAGCAGAUUAAGGAUGGGCCAGAGCAGCCGCAGCCUAGCAUCAACAGCACUGAGACUGGAGAAGGAGGUAAGGCGCGGCUGUACUUUUCAUUAUGUCAUUCAAGCAGAAAUUCAAAUUUGGCUACUUUUAAAGAUGGAAUCCUUAAUGGUGAAAUUGCCAGAACAACAAAGUCACUGCAAACAACAAAUACUGUUUUGUUUUCAAUGAUAAUUUUGACAUGUUCUGUCUUCUAUUAGAACCGGCGGAAGGUCCAGAGGACCCGUCUAACGGCGACACCCUCUUGGAUUGGCUGAACACCGUCAGGCGGACAGGCAACACCACCCGCAGUGGUCACCGAGGCAACCAGUCGUGGCGGGCGGUGAGCCGGACCAACCCAAACAGCGGAGACUUCCGGUUCAGUCUGGAGAUCAACGUUAACCGUAACCUGGCCGAGCAGCAGGCCCGCGCCGAGGGGGAGGCACAAGAGGAAGCCCCAGCAGAAGCACCUGGUGAUGGGGUGGAGGCAGUGGUCGGAGUGGAGGUCCAGCCUGAGGCAGGGACGGAGGCAGGGACGGAGGCAGGGACUGAGGCGCCCAUGGAGACAGGAGAGGUGCUGGAGGAACCAGUUGUGGAGGAGCUGGCUGUCAUAGUGGAACCAGAAGUGGAGAUGGAGCCAGAGGCUGAAGUAGAAGCAGAGAUGGUACCAGAGUUAGUAGUAGAGGUGGUCCCACAGCCCCCCAGCCCUGCCGCCACCACCCCUCCUGUCUCCAGCCCUGCCAUCACCACCCCUCCUGUCUCCAGCCCUGCCACCACCACCCCUCCUGUCUCCAGCCCUGCCAUCACCACCCCUCCUGUCUCCAGCCCUGCCACCACCACCCCUCCUGUCUCCAGACCAGCCAGUCCCUCGGUGCAGUCCCCUCCAGCCGCUCCCAGCCCUCCCUCGGUGCAGUCCCCUCCAGCCGCUCCCAGCCCUCCCUCUGAGGAGCCUCCGCGACGAGGCCAGAGACGAGCCCGCAGCCGUAGCCCCGAGCAGCGCCGGACCAGGGCUCGCACCACACGGAGCCGUUCCCCUCUCACCCUGGACCACCUGGACGGCCUCCCCCGCCACGUGCCCAACGCCACCCCCUCACACAGCCCCGCCCCCCUGCCCCCCGAGGCCCCGGCAGAGGGAAGCUCACGGACUCGACAGCAUGUUCUGUCCCGGCAGAGCACCGCAGAGUACGAGGCCCAGUCAGCCGGAACAGGGACUGGGACCGCCCCAGAGCCCCCUACCGCCCCAGCCCAGGAGGGGGCAGCAGGACCACGCCCCCCCACCAUCAUGCUGGACCUGCAGGUGCGUCGCGUGCGUCCAGGUGAGUACCGCCAGAGGGACAGCAUUGCUAACAGAACCCGCUCACGCUCCCAGAACUCCAACAACACCUUCCUGUACGAGAGUGAGAGGGGGGGAUUCCGCAGGACCUUCUCCCGGUCAGAGCGUGCAGGUGUGAGGACAUACGUCAGCACCAUCCGGAUCCCCAUCAGGAGGAUCAGUGACGCAGGGCUGGGAGAGGCCACCUCUAUGGCCCUACAGACCAUGAUACGACAGAUCAUGACCGGCUUCGGAGAGCUCAGCUACUUCAUGGACUCUGACUCGGACUCCUCGGACUCAAACCGUGGCGCCGGUAACCCCACCGGCGCUGCCGACCUGGCCGAGGCGCUCAACACUCCCGAGGGGGGAGUAGCCGGCAUGGCGGUGGGGGUGGAGCCUCCUGUCUCAGUGGGCGGGCCUAGUGUGGGAGGAGCCGGGGAGGCAAGGACAGAGGAGGGGGAGGAGGGGGUUGGUCUAGGUCUGGCCCCAGGGAUAGGUUUAGGGGUGGGGGGUAGAGCUCGGCCCCGCGCCCCCAUCAGUCUGGAGGAACCAGGGUCACUGCCCUUCCUCCGCCUUGCUCACUUCUUCCUCCUGAAUGAUGAGGAUGAGGAACAGCCCAGAGGACUCACCAAGGAGCAGAUCGACAACCUCUCCACCAGGAACUUUGGGGAGAGUGAUGCUCUGAAGACCUGCAGUGUGUGCAUCACAGAGUAUGCUGAGGGGAACAAGUUGAGGAAGUUGCCCUGUUCCCAUGAGUACCAUGUUCACUGUAUCGACCGCUGGCUGUCUGAGAACUCCACCUGUCCCAUCUGCCGCAGGGCCGUGCUGGUGUCUGCUAACCGGGAGAGUGUGGUCUAA